CAGUUUCCAGCAUUCCUUAUCAGUGGUCUCGCAUAGAAGUUUGUUGCUUCCAAGCUUGGGCUGCUGCCGAGCGCAUGCUAUUGAGAAGUUCCAAAUACAAGUUGCACCAUGGGUUCAGAGAGCGGCUCCAGGGCUGGCCGGCAAUUCCGCUUCUGCAUUGACAGGGGAGGCACUUUCACCGACAUUUAUGCAGAGGUCCCUGGAGAACCGGGGUGGCGAGUUGAAAAGCUGCUGUCAGUUGAUCCGGGCAACUACAAGGACGCACCCAGGGAAGGCAUCCGCAGAAUACUGCAAGAGGUGACUGGGAAGGACAUCCCUCGCGAUGUCAAAGUCCCAACGGAGGAGAUUGACUGGAUCCGCAUGGGCACAACUGUCGCUACGAAUGCGCUGCUUGAGCGCAAGGGUGAGAGAACUGCCCUGUGCGUAACCAAGGGUUUUGGCGACCUGCUGGAGAUCGGAAACCAGGCCCGCCCCAAGAUCUUUGACCUCACUGUGCGCAAACCAUCCCCUCUAUAUGAGCGCGUGAUUGAGGUGGACGAGCGGGUCCAGCUGGCGUUGGACAGCGAGGGCACGUCCGGCGAGAAGGCGUCCGAAAGGGGAACCGCUAGCGGGAAUUCCGGCGAAGAAGACGGGGCGCGUCAGGUGCAGGGUGUGUCCGGGGAGUACGUGGACGUCGUUCGGCCGUUGGAGGUAGAAGCGUUGCGGCCCGCUCUGCAGGCGGUGUUGGACGAAGGCAUCGACAGCCUGGCAGUCGUCCUCAUGCACUCGUACACGUUCCCGGAGCACGAGCAGAUAAUCGGCGACCUCGCCAAGGAGAUGGGCUUCAAGCAGGUGUCGCUGUCCUCCGAUCUAGUUCCCAUGGUGCGCAUCGUGCCACGUGGCCACACCGCGGCAGUGGACGCAUACCUGACGCCCAACAUUCAGGACUACCUGAAGGGCUUCCUUUCAGGCUUCGACGACGGUUUGGACGAGGUCACCGUUUCGUUCAUGCAGUCAGACGGCGGGCUGACUCCAGCUAAGCAGUUCACUGGGUUCAAAGCAAUCUUGUCAGGCCCCGCAGGCGGCGUGGUCGGAUAUGCCCUUACCACUUUUGGUGUGGAGACGGAGCAACCGGUGAUUGGCUUCGACAUGGGCGGGACGUCGACUGACGUCAGCCGCUACGCUGGCCACUACGAGCAAGUCGUCGAGACGCAGACGGCGGGCGUCAACAUUCAAGCCCCGCAGCUCGACAUCAACACCGUUGCGGCGGGGGGAGGCUCCAAGCUCUUCUUCCAGGCGGGCGUUUUCAAGGUCGGUCCGGACUCGGUGGGCGCUCACCCGGGCCCCGUGUGCUACAAGAAGAAGGGCGGGGAACUCGCGGUGACGGACGCAAAUCUACUGCUCGGGAGAGUGCUUCCCGACUACUUCCCUAAGAUCUUUGGACCCGAGGAGAACGAGCCGCUGGAAGUCGACGCGACCCGGAAGGCGUUCAAGGAGUUGGCCAAGGAGAUCAACGCACACCGGACGGCACAGGGGGCUGGUGAGCCAAUGAGCGAGGAAGAAGUCGCGCUAGGCUUCUUGAACGUGGCGAAUGAAGCGAUGUGCCGACCAAUUCGACAGCUGACGGAAAUGAAAGGCCACGAUACGAGCCAGCACGUGCUCGCCUGCUUCGGUGGUGCGGGGCCGCAGCAUGCGUGCGCUAUUGCACGCGCUCUCAAGAUGCGCACCGUGCUGGUCCACCGCUACGCCGGCAUCCUGAGCGCCUACGGCAUGGGCCUUGCUGACGUCAUCUCUGAGGCGCAAGAGCCCACCAAGCUGACGUACUCUGACGCCAGCUUGUCGGAGAUCAAGGAGCGGGGGGCGCGGUUAGAGGAGCGGGUUAAGAGCGACCUGCGGCGGCAGGGCUUUGGCGAGAAGGACAUCGAGACGGACCUGCUGCUGAACCUGCGGUACGAGGGUACGGACACGUCGAUCAUGGUGCUCCCGCCCAAGGACGGCAGCCAAGAUUACGAGCGUGCCUUUGUUGAACAGUUCAAGCGAGAGUACGGCUUUGAGCUGCGGGGCCGUUCCGUUCUCGUGGACGACGUCCGGGUACACGGCACCGGACGGACGAACAUCCUACGGCAGCAGGAGAUUGCGGAAGCGGGCGGGCCUCCCGAAGCGGAGCCGAACAAGGCGCGGUGCUACUUCGAGAGCGGUUGGCACGAUACCCCGGUUUACAUGCUGAACAAGCUACAGGGCGGCCACACAUUCGAAGGGCCCGUCGUCAUCAUGAACGGGAACAGCACUAUCCUGGUGGAACCAGGCUCAAGUGCCGCCGUCACAAAGUACGGCAACAUCCGGAUUGACGUCGGGCCCAUUCCGGCAGCCGGAACCCACACCUCGGAACCGGAACGACCCCCAGCCCAACCGGACACCGGAAGCGGAACGACUUCCAACCAGGAAGAAAAGGCGGGUCAGAGUUCGGUUAGCGCGGGGGUUAGUGGUCGGUCGGUCGGCACAGAGCUGGACGUUGUCCAGCUCAGCAUCUUUAACAACCGGUUCAUGGGCAUUGCGGAACAGAUGGGGCGGACGUUGCAGCGGACGUCGAUCAGCACGAACAUCAAGGAGCGCCUCGACUUUUCGUGCGCGCUCUUCAGCCCCGACGGCGGCCUCGUCGCAAACGCGCCCCACGUACCGGUCCAUCUAGGGGCCAUGUCCAACACCGUGCGGUGGCAAAAGAGCCACUGGGGCGACAAUCUGCACGACGGUGAUGUCCUGGUGACCAAUCACCCCACGGCAGGUGGCAGCCAUCUGCCAGACAUUACGGUCGUCACGCCCGUGUUCCAAGACGGGAAGCUGGUGUUCUUCGUGGCCAGCCGAGGCCACCAUGCGGAGAUUGGGGGGAUCACCCCGGGCAGCAUGCCGCCAUUCUCCAAAUUCAUCUACGAGGAAGGUGCCGCGAUCAAGGCCUUCAAGCUCGUCGAGAACGGGGUCUUCCAGGAGGAGGGCAUCUGUGCGAUACUGACGGCAAAGACCAAGAGCGAAGAGGCGGACGAAGACGGCAAGGAUGUCGUCAUCCCCGGGUCCCGGAAGGUGGAGGACAACCUCUCGGACCUGCGCGCGCAGGUGGCGGCCAACCAGCGGGGUAUCUCCCUCAUCGGAGAGCUGAUCAACCAGUACGGGCUGGAUGUGGUACAGGCGUACAUGCGCUAUGUACAGGAGAAUGCGGAGCAAGCGGUUCGGGAGAUGCUCAAGGGCGUGGUGAAGCGCGUCGCUGAUCAAGGCUUUGUGGAGCGGACUGGGGAAAACGAGGUGGUGCUACGCGCGCGGGAUUACAUGGACGACGGCUCCACGAUCGCCCUCAAGCUGACGAUCGAUGGAGAAAAGGGCGAAGCGGAGUUUGACUUCGAGGGGACAAGCCCAGAGGUGUACGGCAACUGGAACGCCCCCGAGGCGGUUACUGCAGCUGCCGUUAUCUACUGCGUCCGCUGCCUGGUGGACAUCGACAUCCCGUUGAACCAGGGCUGCCUGGGCCCGGUGACCAUCAAGAUCCCCCCCGGGUGCUUCCUCUCGCCCAGCGACAAGGCCGCCGUCGUGGGCGGCAACGUGCUGACGUCACAGCGCAUCACGGACGUCGUGCUAACGGCGUUCCAGGCGUGCGCGUGCUCCCAGGGGUGCAUGAACAACCUCACGUUCGGCGACAACACGUUCGGCUACUACGAGACAAUCGGCGGCGGCUGCGGCGCGGGGCCCACGUGGGACGGCACGAGCGGCGUGCAAGUCCACAUGACCAACACGCGCAUCACCGACCCGGAAAUCUUCGAGCGCCGCUACCCGGUGCUUCUGCACCGUUUCGGUCUGCGAGAGGGCAGCGGCGGCGCGGGGGAGCACCGGGGGGGAGACGGCAUCGAGCGAGACAUCGAGUUCAGGAAACCCGUGACGGUUAGCAUCUUAUCAGAGCGACGCGUGCAUGCGCCGCACGGGCUGUUGGGUGGUAGCGACGGCGCGCGGGGGAGCAACAUGUUGCUCAAACAGGACGGCCGGCGGGUGUUCAUCGGAGGAAAGAAUACGAUCCGAGUCCAAGCAGGAGACCGUUUGCAGAUCCUGACCCCAGGGGGAGGAGGGUUCGGUGAGCCUCAGGGAGAGGCUGGAAAGCUAUUAGAAAGCUAG